GCAUUAUUGUACCCCCAAGGCAUUCUAAAUCAUUGGUAUUAUGGCAUCACCCUUGUUCUUCCUCCUGCUACUCCAGUCUUUUCUUGUUUCUACUUCUGCUUCUUCCACCACUUCUUUACUUAAUCAAACAGAAACUCUUCUCAAAUGGAGAGCCAGUCUUGACAGCCAAAGCCAAAGCUUCUCUUCUUGGGUUGGGGAUAACCCUUGCAAUUGGGUUGGAAUUGCUUGUGAUAGACUUGGAAGCGUCACCAACAUAAGCCUUUCAAAUUUUGGUCUCAAAGGUACACUUGACAACCUUAACUUCAUGGCCUUCCCCAAUCUAAUUCACUUUGAUCUUGGUAAAAAUUCGCUUUAUGGGGCCAUUCCUUCUGACAUCGUUAACCUGUCCAAACUCACUUUUUUCAGUUUAUCUGCUAAUAAUUUUUCUGGAAAUAUUCCCAAGGAUAUAGGAAGGUUGAGUUCGCUGGCCGUACUCGCCCUUGCUAUGAACCAACUUAGUGGUUCACUUCCUGUUUCUGUCGGAAAUUUAAGCAAUUGUCAACAUAUUUGGCUUUAUUCUAAUAAGCUAUCUGGUUCUAUUCCUAGUGAAAUAGGAAGAUUGAGUUCAGUUAUUGACCUUCACCUUGGAGGCAAUUCCUUAACCGGUACAAUCCCAGCAUCAAUAGGAAAUUUCAGCAAUUUAAAAUAUCUUUACCUUUCUACCAAUCAGUUAUCUGGUUCUAUUCCUAGUGAAAUAGGAAGGUUAAGUUCACUUAAUGUUCUUACCCUUCAUGAAAAUCAGUUAUCUGGUUCUAUUCCUAGUGAAAUAGGAAGGUUAAGUUCACUUAAUUUUCUUGACCUUCAUCACAAUCAGUUAUCUGGUUCUAUACCUCCUGAACUUGGGAUGAUAAGAAAUCUCAAUACGCUUGAUUUUUCCAGAAACUCCUUAACUGGUAUGAUCCCGAAAGCAAUGGGAAAUUUGAGCCAUUUAGGAUUUCUUUACCUUUAUACAAAUGAGCUCUCUGGUUCUAUUCCUCGUGAAAUAGGAAUGAUUCAAUCACUUUUCCACUUGGAGUUGUUAGAAAAUAAUCUCAUAGGUGUUAUACCGACUUCCAUAGGAAACUUGACAAAUCUUACUAUUUUAAAUCUGGGAGAUAACAAGCUUUCUGGUCCAAUCCCAGCUUCCAUAGGAAACUUGACAAGACUUACUCUUUUACAGCUUAGAAAUAACUCUUUGUCUGGUCCUAUUCCGGUUGAAAUGAAUAACCUCACUGUUUUGGAAUCUUUACAAUUAAAUGAUAAUCAACUCACUGGGCGUGUACCUGACAACGUAUGCCUUGGUGGCUCACUCAAAUAUUUGGCUGUCAGAGGAAACCAUUUAACUGGUCCCAUCCCAAGAAGUUUGAGAAACUGCACUAGCUUAUACAGGGCAAGGCUUGAAGAGAAUCAACUUGAAGAAAAUAUAUCAGAAGCUUUUGGCAUUUAUCCCAGCUUGGAUUUUAUUGAUUUGAGUGAUAACAAGUUGUACGGUGAACUUUCUCCAAAUUGGGGUCUAUGUCAAAACCUCACAAGCUUGAUGAUCUCCAACAAUAAGUUAGAGGGCCCUAUCCCGCCUAUUAAAGCUUUCCUUCUUGCCCCAUUUGAUGCUCUUAAAAACAAUAAAGGCCUCUGCGGCAAUGCCAUCGGCCUCCUGCAUUGUGUCUCUGAAGAGUGCCAACUUCAAGAUAUUUUUGCCAUAUGGGGAUAUGAUGGGAAAAUCCUCUAUGAAAACAUUCUUGAAGCUACGGAGCAAUUCAACUCCAACUAUUGCAUUGGCUUAAGAGGAUAUGGGAAUAUUUACAAAGCUGCUUUGACAACAGGCCGAGGAUUUGCAAUGAAGAAACUUAACCCAUCAGAUGACAAUCAAUCGAUCAAUUUGCGAGCAUUUGAAAGUGAGAUUCAUGCUUUAGCGGAAAGACGACAUCAUAACAUUGUCAAAUUGUAUGGUUUUUGUUCUAAUGCAGAGUAUUCAUUCUUAAUCUAUGAGUUUGUAGAAAGGUGGAGCUUGAGGACAAUUUUGAGCAACCCAGAAGAAGCGGCAGAAUUGGAUUGGGAUAAGAGAUUGAACAUUGCUGAAGGGUUAGUGAGUGCUUUAUCUUACAUGCGCCAUGAUUGUCCUUCACCAAUAAUCCAUUGUGAAAUUUCUAGCAACAAUGUUUUGUUAGAUUUGGAUUAUGAAGCUCAUGUCUAGGACUUCAGAAGUGAAAUAGGUCAUUUAAUAAUGUUAGUUCUUUCUCCACAUCUUUCUUCAUUUAUGUCUCCUCUGGUUUACUGUUAUUGACCCAUUUGAUAUUCCAUGCUGAUCACCAGUUGUUCGUUCCGUUUCUGCAUUUAAUAAUUUGUUUGUUAUAGCAGUAGAUUAAGUAAUAAUGUCACUAAAACGCACUUAUACCGGCCAGCAACAUUAGCUGUACCAAUUUGCAAAGACUAUUCAAGUCAAGACUAAAAAUCUGUAAGAAUGUGUGGCUGUAUGCAUAAUGAAUGUGUUCUGUCCUA